GACGAUCCGAUUUCGUGCCUUGUCUCGCGACGUUUUAUCGACUUUUGUGACAGAAUGGAGACCGAAAACGACGAAAAUCCGCCAAAAUCGACGCCUGAAACGAAACCCGAUGUGCCUCAAAGUCAUCCAAGUGCAAAAAUGCGAGUUUUCAAAGACAUUUUGUUCCUAUUGUUUCUCGCAUUUCCGAUGAUUUUGUACAAAAUUUUGCAAUUAGUGAUAAACAGACGUCAUCACGGCGGAUUUUUCUGCGAUGAUCCAACGUUGCAGUUUCCCUACAAGGAAUCCACGAUCAGCGAAACGACAGUUGUGCUCCAAACGUUGCUCGUGCCGAUUUUUUCGAUAAUUUUAGUGGAAUAUUAUCACAACAAAGGCAAUGAUGCUUCCUGUGAUAAAACGACAAAAAAGGUCAAUGUCACGAAUCUUUUGUACACCCGCAUCGCACAUUACAUUUUCGGCUAUAUCGCAUGCUGUUCAUUCAUGUGGCUGCCAAAGUAUUUCGAUGGGAAUUUAAGACCGCAUUUUCUCGAUGUUUGUCGUCCCGUGAUGCCUGAUGGCUCGGAUUGCAGUGACACAAGGAAUCACGGGAAAUUUAUUCUCGACUACGAAUGCGGGAAUCCCGAUUUUUUCAUCAGCAUUUAUCGCACUUUUCCGAGUGGGCAUUCGUCGCAGGCCUUCUUUGGCGCCACAUAUUUGGUGAUGUAUUUCCAAAGGAAACUGAAAAAUGAGCGAUUUCGAAUUGGAAUUCAAUUUUUAUUGUUGCUUUAUGCUUAUGCAGUGUCAAUAUCGCGAAUUUACGAUUGGCAUCAUCAUGGGAAAGAUGUCGUUGUGGGAGCUGCAAUUGGAGUUUUUUGUGCGAUGGUUACUUGUAUAGUGGUUGAAAAUAGUUUUAAGAAGAAAACAGAAGAAACAAAAACACAAAGUUGAAUUAAAAAUAUUUAUAAAUAGAUUAAACAGUUUCAUUACCAAGGCUAAAAGUAUAGAAAAAGUAGAGUAAUUCAAUAAAAAAUAGUUAAUUA